GGGUCUACAAUAUUAUGCAGUGGAGUCGCGCACAAAGCAGGAGGUGCUGAGUGGAUGCGAAAGCGCGGAGUGAAUGAAUGGAGUGGUCUUCCUUUCAGAAACUUUACUUUUGACAGCUACUUGAGCUGACCCUACAGACAGAAGUUCAGAGGAAUUAUUCACUUAAAUUCACUUUACGGAGGAGUCUUUUUCAUUUUUUGUUGGGAUUACUGCAGGUGGCUUUUGGGUUGUAACCAUGUUGUCUGACUGUAUUCGGAUGUUUUUUUGUUUGACAUUGUACCUUUGUCCCUUGUUUUUUGGAGUAGCUGCAUUCAAUUUGGAUUUAGAAAAGACAACUGUAUAUAGCGGUCCUGAAGGUAGUUAUUUUGGCUAUUCGGUGGACUUCCAUCGACCAUCGCCGGACAAGAGCGUUAUGAGUGUUUUGGUUGGGGCUCCAAAAGCGAACACGUCUCAGCCAGGAAUCGUGGAAGGGGGAGCAGUAUAUUACUGCCCUUGGCCAUCUACAGACUCGACUCCCUGCCGCCAGAUUCCCUUUGAUAUCGCCAAUAACAGGAUGAUCAAAGUGAACGGGACUCGGGAGCCGCUGGAGUUCAAAUCCAAUCAGUGGUUUGGAGCCACGGUCAGGACGCACAAAGGCAAAGUGGUGGCGUGCGCCCCGCUGUACCACUGGCGCACGGUGAAAAUGAGCAGCGAGAAGGACCCGGUCGGAACCUGCUACGUGGCCGUCCAGAACUUCAGUGCCUACGCGGAGUACUCUCCCUGUCGCACCAACGACCCGGAUCCUGAGGGACAGGGGUUCUGCCAGGCCGGCUUCAGUGUGGAUUUUACAAAGGAGGGAACCCUAGUGGUGGGAGGACCAGGGAGUUUCUACUGGCAAGGGCAGGUGAUAACAGCGGGAAUUGCCGAAAUCAUCAACGGCUACUCUCUGAAGGCCAUCCUGAGGAAAGUGAGCGGGGAGAAGCAGACAGGAGCCGCGCCCGACAGCUAUGACGACAGCUACCUCGGCUAUUCGGUGGCAGUUGGAGAAUUCACAGGGGACUCAGAGCAAGAGCUCAUCGCCGGGGUGCCGAGGGGGGCACAGAACUUUGGAUAUGUUGCUGUAAUAAAUUCAACUAAUUUAACAUUCAUUCAGAAUUUCACUGGAGAGCAGAUGGCCUCAUAUUUCGGCUAUACCGUAGCUGUGAGUGAUCUGAAUGGCGAUGGCCAGGACGACGUGCUUGUGGGAGCACCUCUGUACAUGGACCGGGAGUUUGAGAGCAAGCCCAAGGAGGUGGGCCGGGUCUAUGUGUACCUGCAGGAGGACAUCCUGACCUUCAGUGACCCCAUCGUCCUCUCGGGGACGGACGUUUUUGGCCGGUUCGGGAGUGCAGUCGCCUCUCUCGGGGACCUGAACCAGGACGGCUUUCACGAUGUCGCGGUGGGGGCGCCGUUCGCAGGUGAGGACCGGCGGGGCCGGGUCUUCAUCUACAACGGGCAGAGCGGCGGGCUGAGGCUCCAGGCCUCCCAGGUGCUGGAGGGGGUCUGGGCUUCGCAGGCCAUGCCAGCGGGUUUCGGCUUCACUCUGAGGGGGGACUCGGACUUGGACAAGAACGAAUAUCCAGAUCUGAUUGUUGGCGCUUUUGGAGUGGGGAAAGCGGUGGUUUACAGGGCUCGCCCGGUGGUGACGGUGGAGGCCCACUUGCGCCUCACUCCCAGGAUCCUCAACCCCGAAAACAAGAGCUGCCUGCUGCCCGGGCUGGACACCAUGGUGACCUGCCUGACGGCGGAGGUCUGCGCGAAGGCGUCGGGCGUCGGAGUUCCAGAUGCAGUGGUCCUCAACUCAGAGCUACAACUGGACUGGCUGAAACAAAAAGGGGCCAUUAAGAGGGUUCUGUUCCUCGACACCCACCAGCACCAGCACCACUGGGCCCUCGUCAUUGACAAGAGGAAGAGUCAGACUUGCCGGAGUUUCACUGUGUACCUCAGAGAGGAGAGUGAGUUUCGGGACAAACUGACUCCCAUCAGCAUGGCUUUCAACUACAGCCUGGAUGAGACUUCCCCACUUCCUGGUCUGACGCUUAGACCAAUCCUGGACCACUACGCCAAGUCCUUCAUCCAUGAGCAGGCUUUCAUUCUGCUGGACUGCGGAGAGGACAACAUGUGCAUCCCCGACCUCCGGCUUUCCGCCACAAUGGACCGAGAGGAGCUGGUCAUCGGCGACGACAACCCUGUCACGCUGACCAUCAACGCGGCGAACCUGGGCGAGGGGGCGUAUGAGGCGGAGCUGCACGUGCUCAUCCCCCCGGAGGCCGAUUACAUCGGGGUGGAGCGCAGGCGAGAGGCUGCCCAAAGGCUGAACUGCGAGUACCAGAUGGAGAAUGACACUAGGAUGGUGGUGUGUGACCUGGGGAACCCCAUGGUGGCCGCGACCAACCUGUCAGUGGGCCUUCGUUUCUCUGUUCAGCGCUUGGAGGAGGUGGGCCCCCACAUUGGCUUCGACCUACAAAUCCAGAGCUCCAACAAAGACAACUCAAAGAGCAACCCAGUGAGCCUGGUGCUGAAUAUCUUGGCAAAGGCGCACGUUGACAUACGUGGGGUGUCACACCCGGCUCAGAUCAUCCUGCCCUUCCCCCGCUGGGAGCCCAAAGAUAAGCCCGUGAAGGAGGAGGACAUCGGCCCCCAGGUCCGGCACAUCUACGAGCUUCACAAUAAGGGUCCGAGCGCAAUCAGAAGCACGAUUCUGGAGGUGGGCUGGCCCAGCCGCUAUAAAGAUGAGCACCUCCUGUACGCUCUGGAGAUUGAGACUGAUGGCCCAGUGACGUGCAAGGCCAACUCCACACUCAACCCCCUAGACCUGGAGAUAUCCGGCCUGCAGGACACACCGGAGCUCCUGGGUUUCCUGCGCAACACAAGCUCCGCCCAUGUCCGCCGUCGGCGUGCCGUCACCACCGCAGAGGCCUACAAGGGCAAGACCCUGAACUGCAGUAACAUCCACUGCCUGGUGAUAGUCUGUCACGUGGGCCUGCUGGACCGAGACAAGAGCGCCGUGGUCAAAAUCCGAUCACGGCUGUGGGCCCACACCUUCCUACAGAGGCGGAAUGACCCCUACGUGCUGAAUUCCACCGUGUCCUUCAAAGUGAUUGACAUGCCUUAUCUGGUCAAGCCAGUUACACUUCCGCGGGACUCUAAAUCAAUAGGCACCUUUGUGGUGUGGGCCACUCCGGACGUCUCCUUUGCCAUACCCCUGUGGGUCAUCAUCCUAGCCAUUCUCCUGGGACUACUGGUCCUGGCCAUCCUCACUCUCGUCAUGUGGAAGUGUGGGUUCUUUGACCGGGCGCGGCCCCCGAAAGAUGACGUGUCGGACCAAGAGCAGCUGACAUCGGAGAAGUCCACCGAGGCUUGAGCAGGUUGCGCUGCCAGUGAGCCAGGUUUCGGGACCAUUUCGGGGAAUUCCAAAGAAGGGCGCUCGUUCCAACCCUCUCAAUGACUUUCCCACACUGACCUGAAAUCCGUAGGACCGUAAGAACGCUGCCUUUUCGAGUUCUAUUAGACCAACAAGCAUGAAACACAACUUAAACACUGAGGGACCAAUAGCGGUUGGAGGGGCUGUGAUCGCUCAGCCACCCUCGAACCAGAACGUGACUGCAAAAGGGGCAUCUGCAGAAUCUGCAGAAUCAGCUUUCAAGUGCAAAACGGUGACAGACGGAUAUUCCUUUGUUUCAAUUCCCUUGCUUAAAUUCCUGAAGACUAUUCUGCGCUAUUUUUGAGGCAAGAUGGACCAUUUGUGUGACUUCAGUUUGUUUUUUGGAAGUGUGGCUCAGUCUGAGAGAACUUACUUUUUGGCAGUCUUUAUUUAAGUGCUUUUCAGGACACGCACCUAACAGAACACACAGCAGCUGAACUUUUCCAAAAGUUUCAACCUCAGUGCCUUUUCCCACCGUUUCAGCUCCUCCACAGCCGCCAAAGGAUGUUGCCUUUUUUAGACAGUCAUUCAAUUGCUUUUCUUUUCAAAAUGGACCCAAGUAAUCUCAGGUGUAACCAUGGAAGGCUGAAGCCUCACUUCUGAGAAACGCUACACAGACGUUACCUGCCUGUCAGUGAAAGCCUGUCCUAUGAAAAAAGCUUGCAUAGAACCUAUUCCUUCGGGAAUGCUGCCAAGUCCACUCUUGUGCAAUGAGACAUAGUACAACAUUUAAGAAUGCUAUUUACUAAAGGAAGGCCUUACUGCCAUUUUUAUUCAAUAGGGGAAAAAAUGUAAAACCUAGAAAUCAAGAGGGUCUUCAUACUUCAUAGAAAGGAAUGGCGUUCGCUCACAACAGGAGGCCAUGUAGAUGUGAUAGCUGGUUCCAUAUAUCCAGACUAGU